AUGGUGCACCAGGAUUCUUCCUCUAACUUAGAGGAUGUCAAUCAAGUUUUGGAUGUGAUGCUGAACCCAUCACCCUGCUGUCAUCCCAAAUUGCUGUCUGACACCCCUAUUUUGGAAUUCCAGACUCCAGUCAUAGAUGACCAGCUUGCUAGUCCUAGUCUCGAUAAAGGUGACAAGUUCCCCGAUUAUGGAAUCUAUGAAUCACUUGGUGUAGAGGAGAUCUCUGCCUUCACUGAGACUGGCAAAGCGGAGUCAUCGAUUGAAGUUCCUUGGCAAAGGAAAUACACCUCCAGAAAGGGCAAAGAUGAUGAAGGCACACAGUGGGAAGUGACAUCCUCUGCACCAGCAAACAUACCUUGUGCUUCUCUCAGCAUUCAAGGUAUCCUAGAUCUACUCAGCACCAUCCUUCAAAUGUCACAUAUGCUGGAUACACCAUCUGUCUCCAUUCUCGAAGACUGCAUCACAGAAAACUACAACUUUGGUAUCACAUACAGCCAUCUCUGCCAGGUAUGGAAGAACAAUAAUGGUGGAACCAUGCAAUACAAACUACACAGACAUGAAGAGGAGGACCAGAAGAGGUGA